AAAGCGUAGUUGACUCUACAUGGCUAAUAAUUACAAGUAAAUCUGGUGUAAUCCCGUGGUGAAGGAAGCCUGGAGAACAGAAACAUUCAAAAGAGCCUUCAUCUUUGCAAUGCAUGCAUCUGGCAGUUGUGGCAUGUGGGGACCGGCUGGAAGAGACUCUCAUCAUGCUGAAAUCAGCAGUUCUCUUUAGCAACAGGAGGCUCUGUUUUCACAUUUUUGCUGAGGAUUCCCUUAAGCCUGAAUUUGAGAAGAAGUUACAGGAAUGGCCUUCCUCAUAUACGAAGAAGUUUGAAUACAACAUUUACCCAAUAACCUUCUCAGUAGGAAAUGCUCAGGAAUGGAAAAAGUUAUUCAAACCAUGUGCUGCCCAGCGCCUUUUUCUUCCGGUUAUUUUAAAGGAUGUGGAUUCUCUUCUUUACGUGGACACCGAUGUUCUCUUCCUGAGGCCCAUCGAUGACAUCUGGCACAUCCUGACAGAGUUUAACUCCACACAGCUAGCCGCUAUGGCCCCAGAACAUGAAAUACCAAAGAUUGGCUGGUAUAGUCGAUUUGCGCGUCACCCUUAUUAUGGGACAACUGGAGUCAAUUCUGGAGUCAUGCUAAUGAAUUUAACCCGGAUACGCAACACUCAGUUCAAGAACAGUAUGAUACCAUCUGGUUUGACUUGGGAGGAAAUGUUGUAUCCAUUAUACCAAAAGUACAAAAAUUACAUUACAUGGGGAGACCAGGAUUUACUAAAUAUUAUUUUUUACUUUAACCCAGAGUGUCUCUAUGUGUUUCCCUGUCAAUGGAACUACCGGCCUGAUCACUGUAUGUAUGGGAGUAACUGUAAAGGUGCAGAAGAAGAAGGUGUCUCUAUUCUGCAUGGAAACAGAGGUGUCUACCACGAUGACAAACAGCCUACAUUCAAGGCGCUCUAUGAAGUGAUACGUGAUUUUCCCUUUGAAGACAAUCUCUUCCAGUCUUUGUACUACCCUCUUCAGUCUAAGUUUCUGGAUACAGUGCACACUUUAUGUGGGAGAAUUCCACAAGUAUUUCUGAAGCAAAUUGAGAAAACUAUGAAGAAGGUAUAUGAAAACCGUGUCAUUGUCUACUUGGGAGCAAACCACAGAUACUAGAAGUAGCUAUAUUUCUAGGCAGAGUUUUUCAUUCUUGCACCCAGAUCUCAUGAGGCAUAUAAAUGAAGAGUAUGACCUCUUCUGCUUAAAGUUGGAAAUAAAGUGUCUUCCUUAUAUAAUUUCCUAAUAAGCUCUGACAUUACAAAAAUGAAAGAAAUCCUAAAAGUCUACCUGAACUUUCCUUUCUUACACUUUUUGUUUUUCUUCCUACAUUUCUCUCAGUUGUAACAGGAAGAGCUGAUGACUCUCACUUUUCUUUGAUUAACUUAGUUUGGUUAUUUGUCUACGAACAGCUGUAUUCACUAUAACUUUUUUUUUUUUUUUUUGAAGUUGUGCAAAACUGUGUACUGAUCUUAGGCUUAAUGAAGAAGUGACAGUUUGAGCUAUGUAAUACCUAGGUAAUAUAACCUCUUGCUGAUUCUUGGGUGUCAUGAGAAUGCUGAUUACAAAAAAGAUCACUUUUAUGAUAGGAUGGGUUAAAGUUUACUAUGCUAAAAGGAAAAUAUUUGCUUAAAAUUGCACUUCUCUGAAGAUAUAGUACCUGCUAUUCUUCACAGGUAGCACUGAAGAUUUCUCGCUUUAAAGGAUUAGGGGAAUAGAAGUGUCUAUUUACUUUGCAUUUUACAGCACUUCUUGUCUAGUGAUUGUCAUUUUUCCCCUCUGCCAUUCAGUUGUUUUGUGAGGGCUUCUCCUAAAGGAAUUAGGAGGAAAACCAUUAAAGCAUAAACAGGAAAGCAGUAUGCGAGAAUUGGGAAGGGCGUGUAGUGGAAGGGGUGGCACCUGCAAAGUUAAUUGACUGCAGAAAGAGAAUCCUCUCUUGCAUGGAAUACAGCUAUGGUAUUCACCCUCACCUUCCUUCAGUCUUAAGAAUGUAUCCUCUAACUUGUUAGUAGUAAUUACAUUAGACAGAGUGCAAGAAUAUUGUGAAUGAAGAGAACAAAAGCAGGUACUAUUGACCUGUUUUACUCUCUAAUUAAUCCUCUUUAAUUGCUAUUUACUGCACAGUAAUAAUUGUAUGCCGCUGAGAACCUUUCUUCCGUCCCUUUGUUGGGAGACCAAGAACGCUGUCUCUGAGCACCUCUUCUGUUUUGCCAAAACCCCCUUGUUCUGUGGCAUAAAAAUGUAUCUCUUCCUGGCACUUUCAUUCCUGGAAGCAGAAUUUUGUGCUAGGAUUAUAAUGAAUAGCCUCAGAGUGAAAGGGGAUACAAGAUGGCGUUGCAAUUUUUUAAAAUACUUAGUUUAGAUUUCAAAAGCAUGAUGAUCAUCCUACAAUAUGCACAUACUUAUGUAUGCUUAUUAAAACUUGCAAUAGCUAAAAGGUGCUAAGGAGAGGUUAUUGGGGAAUUGGAAGUAAUGGCACUCCUAAGGAGCAAUGAUACAACAGCAGAUUCAUAGAGGGUGUUUUCUAAGUGUAAGCCCUGAGGGAUACAUGUAGCUGAGUGCUUAUAGAAAUCAACUGAGAAAAUAACCUUACCUUUCAAGUUCACUCAGCAUUUAAAAAAAGCCAUUACUUGGAAUUACUCAUUUUUAUAUCUAGUAGGCAAAGGAGGAGAGGGGUGAGGAAGGCAAGAUACGUGAAGCUUUUCUGUAAUGAAAGGAAAAUGGCUACAGAUAGUAUAUCCUAUACAUGUAGCAUAUAUGGUUAGAGAUAAAUAUUCCAUAUGCAUGGAUGAUAGAAAGGAUGUUUCCUUAGUUGAAAGAGUGGAAUUUCUGAAGAACUGCAUUUUUUGGGAUAGUUCCCCUUACCGGUCACGACUGAUGCACGGUUUCAUAAGAAAACAGACUACAGUAGAAAGUCCUCUUAGCUCACACAUACCUCUCUCCUUGCGUGGCAACUGCCGGCCUGUCUCUCCACCCUGCCGGAGCUCAUAUUGCCAUCAGACCAACGACACGAGGGAAAACACAGGCUUUGCCAGCAUCACAGGCUGCCAAUAGACAGGCUGUACAGAAGGUUAAAUGCUAACAGAAGCUUUUCCCAGUUACACAGAGUGUGAAAACAUAUGUGACAUAUGCACAAGCAUGCUGUGCGAACGCCACAGCACAGCAAAUCGCCCUGCUAGGAACCAGCUGAGGAGCGUAGCUGCCCUGGCAGGAGCUGGGAAUAAGGGGCGUACGGACUUGGUCCUCGCAAUUUCACUGCAUGCCUCUGCUAGCCCUUGCAGGCAUGACAGAAAAGCAGCAAUGUCUGUGGUUUGUGCUUCUGUGGGCUGCAAAGCCUGAUGAGCAAUUUGUGCCUGUGUCCAGCUCAGACCCGUUAUCACAUGGUCUUUGCCAUGUAAGUGCAAAUGGACGUGCAGAGGACAGGAGCAGCUCUGCAGUGAUUUCGAAUGAAAGCCCAGAAAAACUUCCUAAUGGGAACCAGAAACGCAUUUAAACUUUAGUGUAGAUGUCACUGUCUCUCACGACUUUGAAUGAACUUUUAGUGGUAACUUUAAAAGAACAGUACAUUUCUAGCUAGAGAAAAGUUUGAAAACAACCCAAAUGAACAUGAAAGACUUCAAAGCCAGAAGGCAAUAAAAGGAAAAUUCAGCAUGCUGUUUUAAAAAGUGCAAGAUAAAGUAAGCCUAAUACGUGACAGGUAAACCUUUUGGGCUGGCAAUACUGAGAGCUUGCAAAAAUAAGAGGUUACUCUUUGUUCUGUUUUUUUUAAUAUCAGGGUAAAGCUGGUCAUAGGUCAAGUGAGGAUAGAUGAGACACAUGCUGGGCACUCCAAGUGCCUCAUCUCUUUGGUAUCUGCAGGCCACAGGAAGCUGCAAGGCAAAAGUCUUGUUGCCCAGAUAGUUGUGACUCUGGUGCUAAGUCUCUGAAGUUGAGUAAGGCUGUGACUGCGCAAACUAUGAUUCAGUAGGACCUUGAAACUAUGGGCAAGUUAUAAUGAAGGAAUGGAAUUCAUUACAAAACAAAUGCAGUAUUACAUAUAAAAUUAUUAGCGAUGAAAACAGUGCUUUUUAUGUUUACAGGAGGUGCCAUAUUAUUUUUAGAAAGAACUGUAUUAUGUUCUUAACAGCUAUUAAAAUAUAUGAAGUUUAUGCUUUAACAUGAAGACUUCUGUUAAUGUAAUAUCAAAUUGCAGGAAUAAUGGGGGGAGGUUCCCCCAUACUGUGCUUUUUCUGAGAAAAAAGCUGUAAUUUGAUCUCUCCAAAGUGUUUUUAAAUA